AACAUGGAGGCGGUGAAGAGGUGGAAGUCAAGCUGGAGAUAUCCAACUACUCUGCUGUGCAUCUAUGGAUUCUUCAGCACAGUUAAACCUCUGGAGCCUUUUCUUAUCCCAUUCCUGACCGGACCGGAUAAGAAUCUGACCAUGGAAGAGGUUAACAAUGAGAUUUUCCCAGUCUGGACCUACUCCUACCUGUGUGUGCUGGUGCCGGUGUUCCUGCUGACCGACUGGCUGCGUUACAAGCCUGUGGUGGUGUUCCAGUGUGUUAUGCUCUUCAUCACGACAGCACUGCUGCGGUGGACAGCGGCUGUGGCGGCCAUGCAGGUCAUGCAGUUCUUCUACGGGGUGGUCACAGCCAGCGAGGUGGCCUACUUCUCCUACAUCUACAGUGUGGUGGACCUGAAGAGAUAUCGGAGGGCCACCUCUUACAGCCGCAGCAUCCAGCUGCUGGGCUACACUGUGGGCUCCGUGCUGGGUCAGCUGCUCGUCAGCUUUGACCUCUUGUCCUACAAUAACAUCCUCGUCCUCACCAUGGUUCUUACUGCCGUUGCUCUCUUCACUUCACUCUUCCUGCCAAUGCCCCAGCGAAGCAUGUUCUUCCAUCAGAAGCAGAAAACACCACAGGAGCAAGGUGAUGGGAUGUCAGAAGCAAGAAAACACUCAGGUAUCUCAAAGAUAUCCCUGGAUGAAGUAAAGAAAGAGGACGAAAAAAAACCAGAGGAAGACGGUGAAAAAGGACUCAGAGAAAGUGGACCUGUCACUGAGGAGCUGGGAAACCCCAAUAAUGCAAAAACCUGCAGCAAAGUUCUCCUCCAGCUGUGGAGGGACUUCAGAGAGUGCUACUCGUCCCGGCAGCUCCUGUACUGGUCUGUGUGGUGGGCACUGGCCACAUGUGGCUACAACCAGACGGUCAACUACGUCCAGGUACUGUGGGAGCACGUGGAGCCUUCUCAGAAUUUCACCAUUUAUAACGGAGGCGUGGAGGCUGCAUCCAACCUGUUGAGUGCUGCCACUGCCUACGGCAUCGGCUUCACCGACGUGCGGUGGGAGCAGUGGGGCGAGCUGGCCCUCGGGGGCUUCUCCGGACUGGGGGCGGUCGCACUCUUCCUCAUGACGUUCAUCGGCAACAUCUGGGUGUGCUACGUCGCCUACGUCGUCUUCAAGUGUCUGUACAUGCUGCUGAUAACAAUCGCCAUGUAUCAGCUUGCAGCUGACCUGUCAAUGGAGAGAUAUGCGCUCGUCUUUGGUGUAAACAACUUUGGAGCUCUGGCUCUACAGACAGUUCUCACUUCUGUUGUGGUUGACAGUGGAGGACUGGGCCUGUCCAUCAUUCCUCAGUUUACCAUUUACUCAAGCUACUUCUCGGUCAUCUCUGUGGUUUUCUUACUUCGAGGAGUGUUCAGUGUCUGGAAAGCACAGAGAAAUAGAGGAAAGGCGACAUCUUCAGACAAACACAACUCAUCUGAUUUGGAAGACAGACUGUGA